AUCAUAAACUUGUUUUUAAUAUUUUUAUUCCAUAUAGAAAAAAAAACAAGUUUUCUAUCAAGAAACGAAGUUAGUGUAAUACCAUGCCAUAAGGACUUAAUUUAUAAUUAGUUUUAUUUUUUUCCACAUUAUGAAAUAAUGCCUGUAGGAAGAAAACGUUGGAAUCUUCAUGAUGGGCCUCAAGGAUCUCUAAGACGUCUACGUAAUCAGUUAGCUGAGGAUGGUUGUGCUGAGUCUCAAGUUGUGUUGGCAAAGCAAUUAUUAGAAGAAAAAUGUGAACUUGAGGCUGACAAAGUGUCGAAUUUUAAACAAGCUUUGGAAUGGCUUAUAUGUGCUACUGAACAAGCUCACCCAGAGGCCAGAAAAAUGUUACGAAGGUGUAUUCGCAGUGGCGUACUUGACGAAGACAGUGCGCCAAUAGUGCGUGCUAAGUCUUGUCUAGCCGCGAGCCGACAGGAGACUGUAGCCCGAAAAGCUGCCAGAGACCUCUUUGCAAGUUUAUCUAACGGUGAGCAAUAUAUAACGACGGCGCAACUCGAACGGCGUAUUCGUGAAAUUUGUACUACGACACUGAAAAAGGAUGAAGAGGAUGAAGAGGCAUUGGACGAAUCUCAUGAUGAAGCACCGGCUUUGGAUGAUGGUCACGCGUUAGAGUCAUUGCAGGGAGGGGACCAUGUCGGAAAUGGUACUUUACGCACUGCGCAAGUUGUUGAUGAUGAUUUACCGGAUCGAUGUCCCAGUGACGAAAUUCGUAAUUUGACAGUUGACAAUUUGGUCUCAGCCGCUGUGGACUAUUGCCAAGGGGAGUUACCUCUAGUCAGCCGCGAUUUAACCCUUACAGACCCCAGUAUUAAGGCCCUUGACCAUAUCCCAAUCCUCCAACAAGCAUUUCUGCACCCCCUAGUCUUCAUACAGAUACUGUAUUUAAAACUUCUAUUCUAUUUUGGGUCAUUCUCUUUUCGGUUGUCGAAUUUAGAACUCUCCCUUUUACUCAUAGCUUAUCUGUCUGUUAGUACGGACAGCCUUUACCAUUUAGUACCACUUAUUAUAUACUACAUAAGCAUCAUUGCCAUGGUCAUAUGUACAUUCAAAAUGUUGCUGGCGAAACGCCAAUUCAUUGAUUUCCGGAAAUGGUCUGGAUUAUUUUUGAGAUAUAGCGAUGGGAAUUUGCGACCGGACGAGUCUGAGAAUUUGUUUGUUAAAAAUAACUUGGGUCCCUUUUUGCAGUUUUUCCUGGCGCUAUUUCUUAAUUUGUUUUUGUACCCGUUUAUAGCGACCCAAUGGGUGCCGUUUUCAGAAUUUUGCGUUUUGUCGUUUUGUUUGAUGUUUAUGACGCUUUUCGCUUUUGGGACGAACGGGCAGCCGUGCCCCGAUGUGUUGGCGUUGGUAUCUUUUGGUUUAAAUGUCUUAGCGAAGUAUCCCUACGAGAAGGAUACGGUAGUCCACCAAGGUUGGCGAUUUCUCGAUCUGCACAUAUCGAAUUAUCCGUCUUAUAUAUUAGGAAAUAGCAUUGAGUUUUGCUUGAAUGCGCGCGUGUUUUUUACAUUAUUAAUCCCAGUGAUAUUAGUGAUGAUGGCUCGAAGGAGUAACUGGCAGGGAUUGUUCAAGUACACCCUGCCACAUUGUGUAACGUUGAGUUGGCUGCAGAUGUUCAUAACUUGUUCUCACGGGUGUACGACCUAUGGCUUGAUUCGAGGGACGUUAGCCCUAGUGUGUUCCUUCCUUUUCCUUCCCUUAAUAGGCGUGGUGACGGUAACUUUACCGAUAUUCGCGUUCCUGCAAUAUAUAACGGUUCCAAGGCUAGUGUACACAGCGACAGUAUUGUUUGCAUUGACUGUGACAUUGGGUGUGACUUGUGUCCUUGCAAAAACGGAAGCUACCAAGAAAUUUGUUACACCGUUUCAGCUUGCAAUUGGACUCAUUACCCUAAUAUACUUUAGCAACCAAUUGCUUACUGGCAUUCAAGAUGAAGGCGUACCAUCUGGCCUUCUAGAACUAAUAACAGAUGACAAAACCAGCCUUAAAAACCUUUUAAAAAACGAAUUCAUCACAGAUUACGAAGAAAACACUCAUUUCGUGGAGUGGGAGGACUAUUACAACAACUGUCAUGCGCCAUCUUGGAUUAACAACAACAUGGCGUCCACGCAAAUCAAGUGCUCGAUACUAGAUGGAGCUAAAAUCAAUUGGGAAGGUUAUAUCAAGGAUGUCACGGUGACAAACGUUCGGAAUAAAUGGAAUGAUUUCUCCUUGUGGUUGCCGGGCUUUUUGAGGGAAUAUUUCAAGUGUUAUUAUGGCGAGGAGUUUUCGACUUUAUGUUCGAGGCCAGAAGGCAUAGAUUUGGAGGGCUGUGAGUUUGUGAGGACGGUCGCGCGGCAAAGUGGGAAGAACUGUCAUUUGAAUAACUUGAAUGAAUACACAUAUGAAGUGACAGUCGACAUGGAAACAAGUGGGGGAUUAUUAAAACGUCACUCGGAGAUACGGCUCAUUUUUGAUAACUUUUUCACAAAUUACACGAAAUUACUUCGACAAAAUGACAAGAUACGCUUCAAGGGUAUACUUUUGAAUGAGCCGAAUUCAUAUGACAUUGGCUCUAGGUAUUUGGAUAUAAAGGGGUAUGAAAUCAAUUGUCUCGAGUGUAAAACGGCAAGGGGGUCUAUUCGCACACAGGAGCCGUCGACAUCGAGAGUGUGCGACUUAUUUCGAACGAUAGCAAACGACUGUGUCGUAUCAACAAAGUAUGUUUUGAAUUUCCUAUUAAAUCCAGUGAUCGUUUUUAAAUAGAAUUUUUUGAUGGAAUUUGUGAAAUCGAUAGUUUUUUAUGAAUAUAUAAAUAAUUGUGACAAAAAUUUAUUUAUUUAAUAGUUUGUACAGAAAUAGUUUUUGCUCACCGCUAAUUUUAUAAUUAAAACAAAAAACCUUAAAGAAAUCUAUCACAGACAAAGUCAUGGGACACUAGCUAGUAUUUUAAAAUAAUAUUUCUUUUUUUAUGUAUACAUUUUUGUCCCGUAGCUGGAAUUUAUUGUACUAAUGAUUUCAAACAAAAUUUAUUUUGUACUGCCCAUAAUCUAUCUAUUGAUCCGUAAAGUACUUAUUUGUCUCUUCCUCACAGCGAUAAGACAAUUUGAUAGAAAGAGACAGAGAGUAGUUUCAAGGUGCAAUUAGACGGGUUUUUUGAAGGUUCCAAAAUUUACACAAAUUUUUAAAUUACUUUAUCAUAUGUUGCCCACGAAAUAUGUUGUUGGAUAAAGUGACUAAAAAUCCUAGGAUUAUUGCGAAUAUCAGGUCAUCUGGUACAACAUACAUUAAUGUUGUUUUGUUUAACGUAAAAGGAUUUAAUUGACUGAUUAAUUUAUAUUUAUUUGUUUAUAUAAAAAAAAUUUCGAUGAUACGCGAUAUUUUUUUUAAAUAUAGACAUGUAUUGUGAUGUGCUUCCUGUUAAA